AUGCACUUGCAGCUACUAAUGCAACAAUAUCUCAAGCCUACUCCCAACUCCCACUUCAUUGAAAUCGGAGACCACAUAGAAGUACUGGAUGGGAAGCAUGUUGGGAAAUGCAGCAUCGUGGACUGGCUGGGAGACAUUGUGACUGUUGCCUGUGGACCAGAGUAUCAGAUGAAAGGGGUUGUGCAUAACAUUGAUAUUCCAAAUGCUCAUUUGACUAUGCUAUGUGAUGGUGAUCAAUCACUCCUCUGUGUCCCAAUUAGAUUUGUGACCAAGAUAUGCAAUACUUUCUUGGAUUCAUUUCACAAUGAUAUCGGUCAGAAAGUCUUUAUUAUUGGGGGCAACCAGAAGGGCUACCGAGCCAUGCUUUGCUGUGUAUGGGUAACAGCAGACUACACUCAAACUGCACAAAGUUGUUACCAGGUAUGGAAUGAGACUGGAUGGUGCGAUGCUCGAAGGCCCAGAACUAUUGAUGCCCAGGACACUGAAGUGGAGAAAUUGCCAAACAGCAGCCCACUACCUUGGUUGAUGUUGAAAGAAUUUUCAUCAAAACUUUUAACAUAUCAUGUAUUAUUAAAGGUGUCAUCGAACUUCCUCUGUGGCAGGCUGUACAAGCGAUUUGUAUCAACAGCUUAUCCCGACCCAUUCUGCAGCGAAAAUGGACCCAUGCCUGAGGGUCAUGUCAUUGCAUUCUGCACAUUCAAUGGCGCAUGCGCUGCAAUCGAACAUUAUCAUAUCCCUGCUAGCAAUCUGAGCCCAGCUCAUCCAUGCAAGAAAAAGCAACAGUGCCUCAUUCUGGGCAGGGCUCAUCAUGGAGCUCUUGGAACUGUUGUGAAUUGUUGGACCAAGAAACAGACUGUUGACCUUAGUAUAAGUGCUGCUGGUACUGUGAAUACCUACAUCUGA